UUUUUGAAUAAUUGUAGUAAAAAAAUCAAUUAUUGUUUCACAUUUCAAUAAUGAAAUAUCUAAUUUCAACACACGACAAUACUUUUGCAUUCCUUAUUAAAGUUUUGAUUUGAAUAGAAAUAAAAAUAGCCGUGUUAUAUCGUUUGCUGAACAGUGAAACUGGUUACCUAUUUUUAAGUAUUUUAAUUAUCACGAAGUGAACCUAAAGUUACAGUAUUGGACAUAAUCUUACAGUUAUAAUUAAUGCGAUUUAUAAUAAUAAUACCUAUGCAUAUCGCAAUUUGGUAAAUUAUAAUUAAAAUUAUUAUCUUGUGUUCUUUCUUUAUAACUAUUACUGCUAUUAGUGUCAUACGUACAGUACGUACUGUGUCUUUAACUAUAAUUUCUUAUUUCUUACUUAUUUAAUUCAAUAUUUAAAAUGACUCAUACAUUCUCAGUACAUGAGUACAUUGAUAUGGUGAAGUGUUACUUCCGAAACAACGAAAGUCAUAGACAAGCUGCUUAUAGUUAUGGAAUUGAGUAUCCUGAUCGUAAAAAACCAUCGUACAAUGUUAUCAACAGAUUAAUGUCUCGAUUUUUGGAAACAGGUAAUGUCAAUGAACGAAAUAGGUCAGGUAGAUCUCAAAGUGUUACAAACGUAGAUAAUACCAUCAACAUUCUUGGAAGUGUAGCUGUAGCUCCAAAAUUAUCCGUACGUCAUAGGUGCGUGGAGGCUGGACUGAGCAAAUCAUCCGUUCAUAGAAUACUCAAAAAAAAUAAAAUAAAAGCAUAUAAAACAAAAUUUGUUCAACAGUUUCAUGCGGGUGAUGAAGAAAGGCGUUUACAAUUUUGUGAAUGGGCAUUACACAGAAUCAGUCAGGACCCACUAUUUAUAGAUAAAUUAAUUUUUACUGAUGAAUCUACUUUUAUUAGAAAUGGACAAACAAGUAGACACUGGACAUAUCACUGGUCUGACGAAAACCCACAUGAAUCCAUAGAAUUUCAUGCCCAAAAUAUAGAAAAAAUAAAUGUUUGGAGUGGAAUUUGGAAUAAGCAGAUCAUUGGACCCUUUUUUAUAGAAGGUAAUUUAAACGGAGAAAAGUAUCGAGAUUUAUUAGAAGAAAGUGUGUGGCCAAUAAUUUCUCAGUUAAUUAAUACAAACAGAAUAGAGCCAAUUUUUAUGCAAGAUGGUGCACCAGCACAUAAUUCAAAUAUUGUGAGAGGUUGGCUGGAUGAGCACUUCCCGGGAAGAUGGAUGGGAACAAGGGGUCCAGUGCUUUGGCCACCUAGGUCCCCCGAUUUAACACCGAUGGAUUUUUUUUUAUGGGGUUAUUUAAAAAAUUUUGUGUAUCCGUCGUGUUCAUUGCCUGAUCUUCGUCAUAAAAUUGAACAAAAUAUUCAAAAUAUCUUACCCGAGACAUUAGGAAAUGUUAAGAACGCUUGGGUCGAAAAACUUCAACUCUGUGUUGCAAAUAAUGGAGGUCAUUUCGAACAUUUAUAAAAAUAUAAAUGUAAUGAAUUAUUUUCAUUUUUAUGUAAUAAAAUCUUUUUUUUCUUUUAGCAAUCAAGUUUAAAAAUGUUAUCUGAAUUUUAAUUUUAAUCUUUCCUAAAAGCUUCACUAAUAAUUAGAUGUUUACAGAUUACCAUUAAAAACAGCAUACCUACAUAACUAUUAUUACAAUUAUUUAUAAACAUACUCUACUCAACUAGCUCUAUCUUUAUUAUAAAUCGCAUUAAUUAUAACUGUAAGAUUAUGUCCAAUACCGUAACUUUAGGUUCACUUCAUGAUAAUUAAAAUACUUAAAAAUAGGUAACCAGUUUCACUGUUCAGCAAACGAUAUAACACGGCUAUUUUUAUUUCUAUUCAAAUCAAAACUUUAACUAGGAAUACAAAAGUAUUGUCGUGUGUUGAAAUUAGAUAUUUCAUUAUUGAAAUGUGAAACAAUAAUUGAUUUUUUUACUACAAUUAUUCAAAAACAUA